UUCAUGCUUUUUUGAAACUGAAACAAGUGUUAAAACAAAAGCUUUAGCCAAAAUCUAUUUAUUUCAUUAACGUUGACGCAAAAUUAAAUUCAUAUUUUAGCCAGAUGACAAUACCAAUUAUAAUCAAGAAAUGUUGCAUUACGCUUCAACGUUAAUAGAAGAUAAAGAAACGUGCAAAAAACAAUACGAGGUGUACCCUAAUAUGACUGAAGUAAUAGACCAGUACAUGAUUUGUACGUUAGCUCAGGGGAAUAUUAAUGACGCAGGCGAAACGAUUUUAAAAAGUCCACCUACAGCUGACGGGUGUACUACAGAUCAACAGAAACUAAUGGGCUUUGAAGGUAUAUCUUGCGAAGAAGGUGAAGGUGGAAGAGACGAAAUCUUGAUGGACAAUACACGAAGAGGUAUUAAAGCCAACGAAACCAAAUUAAAAAACCAAACCAAUUCGACCAACCAAACCAAAUCAAAAAACCAGACCAGGUCAAGCAACAAAAGAAAAACAAGCAACCGAACUCAAAGUACCACAACUCGAAUCACAACUCCUGUAAACAAAACAAAAAUCGUCGGCAGAAAUAUCUCAGAUUUUGCUAGAAGAGCCGGUAUUUGUCAGGUGUUUACAACUAGAAUGAUUUAUUCAUUUUAUAGAAACAUUGUGUCAAUACAACUUUUUCUACAAUAAUUACCCCUGAUGUUAGAUUUAAAUUCUAACUAGGUACCGUGUUUAUCAUGAAGCGUUCGCUAUUCAAGAUCGAAAGGCUUUUUUUCUAAUAAUGAGUUGGAAUCCUCAUUGCCACCCACUACCUCGGGGGAGGAAA